AUGCAGCGCUUGUGCGGAGUGGUAGCUGCAUUUGUCGCCAAAUCCAAGCACCCCAUCUAUGACCGAAAGGCCAAGUGUGGGGUUUGGCGGACGAUCCUCUCCCGCGUGAACCCUGCUGGGGACAUGCUCUUGAUGGUGCAGACGACCACGGUCAAGGAGGAGGAUCGACCUGCCUUUACCGAGCCCUUGGUGGCGGAGCUCGCAGCCAGCGGCCUAAACAUCACCUCAAUUUUCCAGAUCUUCAAUGACGAGGUCACAGACGCGGCGAGGCCCAAUGCUGUGGUCACCCAUCUGCACGGCAAGCCCAGGCUUGAGAUGCCCAUGUUGGACCUCAAGCUUGAGAUCGGCCCACUGCUCCUCAGCUGCGCCAAAUGGUACCUCAAGCUCAGGAAGACAGAUGUCACUUCCCAGCACGUAGUGAUUGGUGUGGACAUCGUUGAAGAGAACAUCGAGGAUGCGCGCCGAAAUGCGCAGCAGAACUCGAUCUCCAAUACAGAGUUCAUUGCGGGAAAGGCAGAAGAAGUUGUGCCCAAGAUCCUUGGUGACAUGGAUACGUCGCUGGAGGUUGUCGCUGUGGUGGACCCAUCCAGGGCAGGCUUGCACCCACGGCUGGUGGAGAUUCUGCGAGGGCGGACGCAAGUCUUGCGCAUCGUGUACAUCAGCUGCAAUGUGGAGAGCAUGGCUGAGGAUGUGGCAAAGUUGGGCUCCUCGACAGAGGAAGAGGCUGACGACUUCGUGCCAGUUCGGACAGUGGCUGUAGACUCCUUCCCGCAGACAGUCCAUGUCGAGGCAAUCCAGCUUCUGGAGCGGGCCUCCAUCGUGGAGGAUCCUCGGAAGAGGCGGGCAGCCAAGAAGACCGCUGCUGUGGGGGAUGAGGUGGAGGAUGCGGUUGAGCCAGAGGCUGCAGACCAAGCGCCUGAGAAAACAGAAGAGACCGAGGAAUAG